AUGCGGCUGCUAUGCUGGUGUAUGCCGUGGCUGGUGUAUGCCUGGUGGUCGGCCCCCUCUGGCAGUAAGCGACUCCAGGCCAGGGCCUACCGGCGGCUCGUCGGCAACGUCGGUUUGGCCGCGCGCGCGGACGGCAUCUUCGACGGCCUGCCGAAGCGGCCAACAACGUUGGCGGCCGUGGAGAAGUUCGCGAAGGCGACCGUCGGCGAGCCGUCGGAGUUCGACUGCGACGUCGUCGUCGUCGGCGGCGGCUGCGCGGGCCUCGCCGCGGCGCGGUUCCUCAUGGCCAAGGGCUGGUCCUGCGUCGUCGUCGAGGCGUCGGACCGGCUCGGCGGGCGCGUGCGCGAGGCGGCGGUGCGCUGCGGCGAGGACGAGGUGCGCGUCGCCGCGGGCGCCGAGUUCGUGCACGGCGGCGACGGGAACUUCCUGCUGCCGCUCCUCAAGGACGCGGGCGUCGCAUUGGAGGAGGCGAGCUGGCCCGACAGCUACUGGCUCGGCGGGGCCGGCGCGCUCGUCGCCGCGGCCGCCGCGGACCGGCGGCCCGGCCUCAAAAAGGUCCACGGCGCGUUCGAGGACGUCGUCGCGGCGCACGCGCCCGGCGAGUCGCUCCUCCAGUACUGGGUGCGGGCCGGCGUCGGGAGCGCCGAUCUGGGUUUGGCCGAGGCCGUCUACGCGAACGACUACGGCGGCGCCGCGUCGGGCCUCGGCGCGGCCGAGGUCGCGUGGGAGCAGCGGCACUGGACGCACGGCGAGGCCUACCUGCUGCUGGAGACGGGGGCGACGCUGUCGCGGGCCGUCGGCGAGCUCGCGACGGGCGUCGACGCAAAGCUCGGCUGGGCCGUCGCGUCCGUGUACCGCGACGACCGGGGCGUGACCGCGCGGCGGACGGACGGCGUCAUGCUCCGCGCGCGCGCGUGCGUCGUCGCGGCGCCCGUCGCGGCGCUCCGCCCGCGGGGCGGCGACCCGGGCGUGGCCUUCGUGCCGCCCCUGCCGCCGGACCUGGCCCGCGCCAUCGACGCGUUGCCCGUCGCGAACGCCGUAAAAGCCGUCGUCGUGCUGGACCGGGCCGUCUGGGCCGACGAAAAUUGGUGGAACUGCGUCUGCGGCGACGCGCUCUACCCCGAGUUCUGGCGCUCCGGCGGGCCCCGGGGCCCCCGGGGCCUCUACGUGCUCGUGGGCUUCGCGACGGGCGACCGCGCGGACGACGUCGCCGCGCUCGGCGAGGCCGAGGCGACGCGCCGGUUCCUGCGCCAGCUCGACGACGUCUUCGGCGCGGCGGACGACCCGCACCCGGCGACGAACGCCUGCGUCGGGUCCGCGCUCUUCGACUGGGCCUCGGAGGCGCACGCGCGCGGCGGCUACACGUACCCGUCGCCGGGGUGUUUGCCGCUCCGCGCGCCGUUCCGCGAGCCCGUCGACGGGCGCCUCUUCUUCGCCGGCGAGCACGCCACGGAGGGCAUCAACCCCUGCGUCCAGGGCGCCGUCGACAGCGGCUUCCGCGCGGGCAAGCUCGCGCACGCGUCGCUCCGCGGCGGCGCGCCGGCGGCCGCGGCCGCGGCGGCCGCCGCGCGGCCGCGGCCCGCGCGCGCGACGCGCCGGGUGCGCGGGCCCCGCGUCAAGUGCGACCUCAACGGCUGGCGCGAGGAGGCGCCGCGGAAGCCCCGCAACGGCUUCGACGCGGCCGUGACGGCGCUGCCCCAGUUCGACGUCGCCAUCGGCGACUCGACGCCGCUCCGCCACUCGAAAACGUCCGCGAAAUUCCCCUGGAACGCCGACGGCGCGGGGUCGCCGAGCCCCCGCGCGCCGGGCACGACGGCCUGGGGGCCCCACGUCGACCACCCCCGCGAGCGCGAGACCAUGGCGCCGGGCCGGUCGCCGCCGCGGCCGCCCUGGCACGAGGCCACGCCCGUGAGCCCGGGCCUCCGCCUCCCGCGCGGCCUCGCCGAGGACGACCUCCCCGCGUUCUACCACUAA